CGGAGGCGGCUUCCGGCAGGACGGCUGGGCUCGCGGACCGGCCAUGGCGCGGAAGAAGGUGCGGCCGCGGCUGAUCGCGGAGCUGGCCCGGCGCGUGCGCGCCCUGCGCGAGCAGCGGGAGCGGCCGCGCGACUCGCAGCGCUACGCGCUGGACUACGAGACGCUGACGCGGCCGCUCUCGGGCCGCCGGCUGCCCGCCCUGGCCUGGCCCGACGUGCGCCGCGAGAGCCGCCUCCUGCAGCUGCUCGGCCGCCUCCCGCUCUUCGGCCUGGGCCGCCUGGUCACGCGCAAGUCCUGGCUGUGGCAGCACGACGAGCCGUGCUACUGGCGCCUCACGCGGGUGCGGCCCGACUACACUGCGCAGAACUUGGACCACGGAAAGGCCUGGGGAAUCCUCACCUUCAAAGGGAAGACGGAGAGCGAGGCCCGGGAGAUCGAACACACCAUGUACCACGACUGGCGGCUGGUGCCCAAGCACGAGGAGGCGGCCUUCACCGCGUUCACCCCGGAGCCGGAGCACGGCGUGCGCUCUGUGCCCUACCCACCGCUCCUCCGGGCGAUGAUUCUCGCAGAACGACAGAAGAGUGGGGACACUAGCACCGAGGAGCCCAUGCUGAAUGUGGAGAGGAUACGCAUCCAACCCUGGGACUACCCUGCAAAACAGGAGGCAAAGGGAAAGGCCAAGGGCACCCCGGUCUGAAGUGCCAGAACUAGCAGGUCACCUGAGGGGUGUAAGGUCGUGGGGACCAUUUUGAAGAAUGAAAAUCUUUGGGCUACACCGGAGUCAGCCCCCGCUGAGCUUGGAGUUCAUCGUCAGUGACUUGCUGCCUCUUAGUGGAGCGGGGUGGGGCGGACCCUGCACCUGUGUCUUCCCCCAGCACCCAGCUGCAACUGAGGGGCCACGCAGGAGAGGCUGCUGGGAGAAAGCGGGGAGCACGGGCUCCCCUUUUCCCAUUGCUGUUGCUUCUGCCAGGAUGCGGGCAGAAGCGCCGACAGAAUAAAGGAAAACCAAGGGC